AUGAUGAAAUCCAACAUUCGCUUUCUUAUUCUGUCGGAUACCCACGACUCUGCCUUCCCAUCAGAGCUCCCUCCCGCAGAUGUCGUCAUCCACUGCGGAGAUCUCACUAUGAUCGGUGGCAUGUCGAACUACAAAGCUGCGAUCGAAAGCCUUUCAGAUUGUGACGCUGAACUCAAGCUCGUGAUACCCGGAAACCACGAUGUAUCUCUCGAUCCCACGUGGUGGGCCAACAAUGCAGAUGAAGACGACGACCUCGAGGAGCCAAAGAAAGCGAUCAAUUUGUUCAACCAAUCCGAAAUUAACCUCUUGAGCGAAGGAUACCAUUCAUUCACUCUUCAGGACGGGCGUUCCUUCACUCUAUAUGCCUCGCCAUACACACCCGAGUUCCAUGGAUAUGCGUUCUCAUACGGUCCGCACGAAGACAGAUUCAACCCGGCCGACACAGCACUCUCAGACCUAGACCAAAAUGUGGCCCGCGGUCCGAUGCCAAUCUCCUCGGAAGUCGAUAUCUUGAUUACACACGGACCGCCACAGGUCCCAUGCGAAGACUACCGCCUCGAUCUCGACGGCAAAGGCGCCCAUUGCGGCUGCCCAAAGUUAUGGCAAGCGGUUCAACGCAUUCGCCCACGACUCCACUGCUUCGGCCACCUCCACGAAGGCUACGGAUCCCAAGUGGUCGAAUGGCGUGCUAACGGGACAAAAAGCGUUGCAGAUCCAGUCGUCAAGGAGGGGAACAUCAUCAUGGCGCCAGAGAGGGAGUCAUGCAAGACGUUGCUCGUCAAUGCAGCAAUCAUGGAUCACCACGGUGACAACAACGUGCCCUGGUUGGUAGACUACUAG